GGCUUCCGCCACCGCAACAGCAGGUGACGGUGGGUUCUCUGGGCGGCGGUUUAGGUGGUGCCGGAAAUGGCGGUACCGCCACGGUAGGCGCGCAAGGCCAAGCCAUGGUGAUGCCAGGUUUUCCGCUUCGUGCCGCAGCGGUGCCGCACUACUCCCCGUAUUCACCGUCGCGUUUUCACAUCGACAAACGUUGUCAGCACAGGUGCUCUUGGAAAUGCUUCUCGAUCGCUCUGAUCCUCCUGGCUGUGGCGCUGACAGCGAUGUUGGCGUACUUUGCUGCAGUGAGCUCUAUGCGCCCGAUAGACAGCACUAACUGCAUUCUGGUUCAAGAUAUCAAGGCUGUCACUCACGAAAACGCACACAUCCACGACUCGAUAUCCACGCAGAUCCCCACAGAAGAGUCCCUGCCUACGAGUACGGCAGAGCAUUCGAGCGCCGCGGAUAGCGCCGGUGAUCAGCAGAGCGAUCCGCAGAUCCAGCAAUCGGCGCAGCAAUGGCCAGCGGUGCUCGAACUGCAGGCCUACAACGUCGCGCACUCCGCCAUUAUCCAGCCGUACCACUUCUGGAACACAGAGUUCCGCAACAAGCAGCCAGCUUUCAUCAGGCUGAACUUGACCCUACCAUGGGGUGCGAAUUUCGCAGUGUACGGCAGACGGAACGUCGCGCCCAGCGUCACGCAAUACGAUUUCGUGGAGUUCGUGAAAGGUGGCAGGGUGGUCCACAGGCUGAAGAGGGAUAUCACUGCCGUCAGUUUUAUGCAGUCCACCAAUCCGCAAGAUGCCCACGUGGAGCGUGCGCCGCAACCGGUCGCGCCUUAUCAACACGUGCUCAUCAAGAGGACCAUUGUGGAACCACUGAUGGUCAAUGUUAGUCUGCUGCAGUACUUCGAUACCGGCGACUGGUUCCUGUCCGUAUAUAAUGAUGAGUUGCAGCCUUACAAGGUUACUUUGGUCGUGACGGAAGCCGAAGGUGUUUCUACUACGUGUCCCAAUGACUGUUCCGGACGUGGAUCGUGCUACCUUGGCAAAUGCGAUUGUAUAGACGGAUAUCAGGGUGCUGAUUGCAGCAAAAGCGUGUGUCCGGUUUUGUGUUCUUCACACGGACAAUACGGUGGUGGUAUGUGUCACUGCGAGGAGGGCUGGAAAGGCGCGGAAUGCGACAUACCGUUAGGUGACUGCCAAGUUCCUGACUGUAAUCAGCAUGGUCAGUGCGUUAGAGGAUCCUGCGUCUGUAAUCCCGGCUGGAAGGGCAACUUUUGCGACGAACCCGACUGCUCUGAUCCGAACUGCAGCGGCCACGGUGCUUGUGUCUCCGGCAAGUGUUACUGCAAGGCUGGCUGGCAGGGCGAGCGGUGCAAUCAGGUCGAUCAGCAGGUGUACCAGUGUCUGCCCGGCUGCUCUGAUCACGGCACGUACGACCUCGAAUCUGCGGCCUGCGUUUGCGAGGAGCAUUGGACGGGGGUCGAUUGCUCGCAGCCAAGUUGCGGUCUAGACUGCGGACUUCACGGAUCCUGCGAGCAAGGCCGCUGCAAAUGCCACGAUGACUGGACCGGAACGAAAUGCGAUCAAAAACCGUGUGAUUUACGUUGCGCCGAGCAUGGCCAGUGCAAAAAUGGAACCUGCGUGUGCAGUCAAGGAUGGAACGGAAGACAUUGCACAUUACCCGGAUGUGAGAAUGGAUGUAGCCGCCAUGGAUUGUGCACCCUACAGGAUGGCGAAUACAGUUGCGAAUGUUCAACCGGGUGGGCCGGCAGAGAUUGCAGCAUACGACUUGAAUUGGAAUGUAAUGAUUACGUUGACAAUGACGAAGAUGGCAUGAUGGACUGCUCUGACAGCGAGUGCUGCUCGCACGAAGCUUGUUCAGAACAUAUCAUGUGCCUUGCUAGUAAUAAUCCCGUGGACGUUCUUCUCCGAAAACAACCACCCAGCGUCACAGCGUCCUUCUAUCAACGAGUAAAGUUCCUCGUCGAGGAGAACAGCGUACAGAGCUACGCCCACAUGGACGAGUACACGGAAAGUACGUUCUGGAGUUCCUUUACACCGCGUCGAGUUGCGGUGAUGCGAGGCCAAGUUGUUACCGAACAAGGACUCGGAAUAGUAGGCAUCAGAGUGUCCGUGGACAGAGACUCGCGCUUUGGAUUCACCUUGACUAGAACAGACGGAUGGUUCGACGUCCUGGUCAAUGGUGGAGGCGCCGUGACGCUUCAAUUCCAGCGCAGCCCCUUCAAACCUCUUACGAGGACCGUCUUCGUACCCUGGAAUCAGAUCGUAGUCCUGCCACCCGUUGUGAUGAUUCUCAGCAAGGAAGGCGAAUCGUAUAAAUCUAACCAGCCGCCGAGCCCGGCAGUUGGGAUUUCGAUGGGACUCUUUAGCGAGCACGGUCCGUGCUUGGAGCACGAUCACGAGACACUGAGGCCGAUUAUCGUUAGUACAUGGAUGCCUGAGAAAGUUGGCGGUUUGCCUGGGAAGAGCUUGGUCUUUGCUGAAAGUCAAAUCGUGCAGGAAAGCAUCGCUAUUCCGGGCUCCAAUCUCCACUUGAUGUAUCAAAGCAGUCAGGCUGCGGGCUAUCUCUCUACCGUGAGGAUGCAACUGACCGGGCCGUUCAUUCCGAAAUCGCUGACGCACGUACACGUGCACGUGGAGAUCGAGGGCUCGCUUCACACGAAAACGUACGAGGCCGACCCGAAUCUGACACACACGUUUGCCUGGAACAAGAGAAACGUUUACAAGCAGAAGGUGUACGGCGUGGCGCAGGCGAGGAUCUCGAUCGGCUAUCAACAUUCCACUUGUCCGUUGGUGAUAUGGGAGACGCAGACGGCCACUUUGCAAGGAUUCGACGUCGAUAUCUCCGAUAUCGGUGGAUGGGGACUCGACAUCCAUCACCAUUACAACUUCCACGAGGGAAUCCUGCAGAAAGGCGAUGGCUCUACUCUACAUUUCAAACAGUAUCCGCGCACUGUAAAAGUGGUAAUGGGCACUGGUCUCAAAAGAAGUUUGGUGUGUCAGAAUUGCGACGGUCUCGCUAAAGAUGCUAGACUCCUAACACCAGUGACACUUGCCAGUGGACCUGACGGCAGCAUAUAUGUCGGAGAUUUCAAUCUCGUGCGCAGAAUCACGCCUGAAGGAAAGGUUUACACCGUUCUGAUUUUGAGUGCGACUCAAGUGGCGUAUCAGUAUUUUCUGUGCAUCUCACCGGCUGAUGGACAUUUGUAUAUCAGCGACCCAGAGAAACAUCAGAUAUUGAAAGCACUCUCGUUGGAACAAGUCCAAGAUCCAAGCAUUAAUAUCGAGCCCGUUGUUGGAAGCGGUGAGAGAUGUAUUCCAGGUGAUGAGGGCCACUGCGGCGACGAAGGUCCGGCCAUUCACGCAAAAUUGGCUCAUCCCAAAGGAAUCGCAAUUGCGGCCGAUAAAACGAUGUAUAUUGCCGAUGGAACGAACAUUCGUGCUGUCGAUCCUCGAGGAAUCAUACAUACUCUCGUGGGACAUCAUGGUCAUCAUAAUCAUUGGUCACCCGCUCCCUGCAUUGGAGCCAUUCCCGCACAUCAGGCUCAGUUACAAUGGCCCACCGGAUUAACCUUAAGCCCAUUGGAUGGAUCCCUGCACUUUAUCGACGACAGGCUAGUCUUGAAACUCACCAGCGAUCUGAAGGUGCGUGUAGUCGCUGGCACGCCUCUUCACUGUACCAGCAAUGCAAAUAACAACAAUGGCAACGAUGAACUUCCGAAACUAAACUCCUCGUUGACGGCGAAUCUGAAAAAAUCAGAUGAGGUCCUCGGGACGGUGUUGGCUGUCGGUUUCAGUCCAACCGGCGAAUUGUACAUAGCGGAUCGCGAUUCUCAUCGAGUGAACUCUAUCAGAAUCGUCGAUUCCUCUGGCAAGAUGUCACACUUCGCUGGUCAACAGCAGGAAAGACUGCGUCAAUGCGAAUGUAACAAUACUACACCCAGCACUAAGGACUUGGACACAUGCACCUGUACGGACGAUACUAGCAGCACCGAAACGCUUCUCUCUUCAAACGCCAAAUUUAUUGCAAUAUCUGCUCUGGCGGUUUCGCCGGACGGUGUCCUGCACGUGGCUGAUCAAGGCAGUCUUCAUAUCCUGGCUCUCCAGCCGUACCUUCCGAACCACGAUGAAAACGGAGAGUUCCGCAUUCCAUUCCCGCCUUCGAACGAGAUCUACGUGUUCAAUCGCUACGGUCAACACAUUUCCACGAAGGACUUGACGUCGGGAAAGACCCGUUACUCCUUCCUGUAUAGCAAGAACACGAGUUUCGGCAAGUUGUCCACGGUGACGGACAGCGCCGGCAAUAAGAUUCAAUUUUUGCGAGAUUACAGCAGCGUCGUUAGCUCUAUUGAAAACACUCAGGAUCAUAAAUCUGAAUUGAAAAUCUCCGCGGUUGGAUUCCUGGAGAAAUUGUCCGAACGCGGCAGGGCAGAGAUUGCUCUCGGUUAUGAUGGUUCAACCGGUUUGCUCACCAGUCGAUCAGGAGGAGAUGAAACAUAUAUAUACAAUUACGACAGUCUGGGACGUGUCACCGAUGUAAUACUGCCGACAGGCGAAAAAUUAAAAUUAUUAUCGGAUUUAUCUGACGAUGAAGGUCUAUUGGUUAAAGUAUCUGCUCCCUUGCAAGCUUUAUCUAAAGGCGAUAAACAACGAAUCGUAGAAUUUGAAAUGAAAAAUGAAAAGUCGAAGAUGUUGACAGUUACUGACGGCACUAAGCUUAUGAAAGCGAUUGCAUUUACGAACAGCAGCUUGGAAGUGCUUUUACCCGGUGGUGGUAGAAUAUUAAGCGCGGCGACAACAAAACAUCCGCUAUUGAAACCAGCUUUGCCAGUAGAAGCGGAGAUGCUGCCUAUGUGGAGCUAUCAAUUGAUGUCAUUAGGCGAAUUAACGAACACUAUGACGACAACGUAUAACUUGGUUGGAGAAGUUAGCCAUCCUCAGCAAACGCUUAACAGAGAGAUCUGGGUGAAUGACACACGAGUAAUAAGUGUCGAAUUCGAGCAGGCGUUCAGCCGCGAGACGUUCUAUGAUAAGGCGGGAACUCCCCUAUUGACGGUGACCUUCGACCUGGCCGGUCUACCCUUGGUCUGGCAACCAUACGAACAGGGUCACAAUCUCAGCAUUACUUACGAUCGAUUUAACAGAAUCGACAGCUGGAAAUGGGGUGCCUCUGAUGAAUCGUACGCUUACGAUCGGCGCGGUCAACUGGCGGAAAUCACCAAUAGCAAGGACGGCACAAAACGGUACACCUACAACGACUUCAAUGUGCUGUCGAAGAUCACGCUUGCCAGCAACAGGCAGUUUUCGUUGCAAUAUGAUGAUGACGGUGGAUUACGACAUAUCAUUUUACCGUCUGAAACCAAACAUUCCUUCUCCUGUCAAGCUUCUCUCGGCUUCCUCAGGGUGACAUAUACUCCACCUGGCAGUACUAGAGCUUAUCUACAACACUACAGUCACGAAGGAAACCUGUUACAGACUGUAUUUCCGGGAGACGGAGCUCGCAUCGUUUUCAGAUAUCAUACCUCGGGACAAUUGGCGGAGGUUGUUCACGGCGAUGGCAAAAGCGAAAUCAGAUACACAGAGAGUGGACUACCUUCCGAAGUGAUACACUCCGAAAGGGACGUGGAGUACAAGUGGGAUUAUCAAUAUAGUGCAGGACUUUUAGUGGAGGAGCGAAUAGAUUUCGGCGCCAAGACUGGCUUAAGUAACGCCAAAUUUACGUUUGAAUACGAUUCGAACUUCCGCUUGAUCGCGGUACAGGGUAGAAUAGGCGGUCAGACACUGCCACCACACACCAUGGCUUAUAGUCCGAGGUCGGGUACGUUGGAGCAAAUCGGUCAAUUUAAAGUGACGAGGCCGCAGUCGAAUGAGACGACCGUGUUUGACGGUACCGCACUGUUUUCGCGUACCACAGACGAUCGAUUUCUAGAAACUCAAGUCACAGUGACAAUCCACCGAAUGGAGGUGUUCAGAAUGGAGUUUACACAUGAUUCGCGCGGUCGCAUCAAUCAGACGAGAACGUAUACGCGUAACGUUGCCGUUAAUACAUACACCAACGUAAAGAAUUACACAUGGGAUUGCGACGGUCAGUUAACUGGUGUAGAGGCACAGGAGCCAUGGGGUUUCAAGUACGACGCCAACGGCAAUAUGCUGUCGCUCACAUAUCGAGGUAACACGAUCCCAAUGGAAUACAACGCCAUGGACCGAAUAGUCAAGUUUGGCGAAGGUCUCUAUAAGUACGACAACCGAGGUCUGGUAGUGCAGAAUGCAAGAGAGGAGAGAUUUAAUUACAACGCCAAGGGUCUCCUCGUGCGCGCCACCAAACGCGGCCGUUUCGACGUGCGAUACUAUUACGAUCAUCUGGAUCGCCUAGCCACGAGGAAGGACAAUUACGGCAAUGUCACGCAGUUCUUUUACAACAAUCAAAAACGGCCGCACGAAGUGAGUCAGAUAUACAGCCCGCGCGAUGGUAAACUGAUGUCGCUAGUUUACGAUGACAGAGGACAUCUCAUUUAUGCACAAGUAUACCGGCACAAAUAUUACAUUGCCACUGAUCAGUGUGGAACACCCAUUAUGAUCUUUAAUCAGUACGGCGAAGGCAUCAGAGAAAUUAUGCGAUCGCCUUACGGCCACAUCGUUUACGAUUCGAAUCCAUAUCUUUACUUACCAGUUGACUUCUGUGGAGGACUUCUGGAUCAGGUCACUUCUCUCGUUCACAUGCCAAAUGGUAAGGUUUACGACCCGCUAAUAGGCCAGUGGAUGUCACCGCUCUGGGAAAACGUUUUGGAUCGCGUAGACAAACCAACGCACCUACAUCUUUAUAGAUUUAACGGUAACGAUCCAAUUGACGUUAGGCAUACGGACAGACCAAGUCAACCGACUGAUCACAUAUCAUGGCUGUCGCAUCUCGGAUACGACCUGAAGAGUUUAGCGCCACAGCUAUUUCCGGAUGAGCUACCGGAAAGCCUUGUUCCGCGAGCGCUCAGUCCUGGAACUUCUAUAUUCGGUAAGAAGAAAAGAACGCGCAAUUUGGGUGUCCAAUCCGGUUUCCUCGCACACAUCGCCCAGAGGCAUUCGGGCGACGCGGUGAGCCUGUCCGCGCCACCACGGUCAGCCUUGAAGAAGGACACGAGCGAGCUGAUACCCAGUCGUCUAGGUGCGGCGUCUGAUCCGCCUUUCGGUAAGGGUAUCCUGGUGUCGAGAACCGCCGAUGGCCAGGCAGUGGUGUCCAGUGUACCCAGCGCUAACGCUAUUUAUGGUGACGUGUUCACGUCCGUGUUCAACCGCUCGUACUUUCUGCCAUUUACGUUCGUCGUGCACAGCGCACAGCAGGACGCCUUCUACUUCGUUAAAGAGGAAACCUGGCGUGCCAGCGAAGAUCGUGGUCAGCUGAAACGAUUAGGAGGUCAGGUAAACACCACAUUCCACGAGAAUGAGAAUGGCAGUGGCAGUAGUUCACUAAUCGAUGUGAAAAUACACGGUGCCAGCUAUGUGGUGAAUUUGCGUUACGGCACCACGGCGGAGAAGGAAAAACAGAGGCUACUGCAUCACGCUAAGGCGACCGCUAUCAGGAAGGCAUGGCACCGGGAACGUGAAGCCCUUAAAACGAACACUCCCACAUCCGUCGAAUGGAUGGUUGCCGAGCAGGAUGAGAUACUGAAAGUUGGUCUUGCAUCCAAUUACGAGGGCGAGUACAUACACGACGCACAACAGUAUCCCGAGCUCGCGGAGGAUCCCUACAACAUUAGGUUCGUGAAGAAGGCCGUCGACCAGUCGAGCAAGAAGCGACGCAGGAGGAGAGGCGUGCCGUCCUGUAAGCUUUGGUGGUUAGAUAAAAUGUGCUAGAGCGAUUUAAAAGUCAGUCGUAUCGUCCCCUCGCGCGGGGACAUUGUCCAGUAUCGAAACCGCGGGACUUUCGAGUGAGCGACACCGACAGAUAAAGAGAUAGAAAGAGAAACCGGAAACGUGAAAGUCGACGGAAGGAGAUAAAAAAAUGCCGCUGUAGCACGCUGUAUGCGCAGCGUCCGUAUAUGUAUGCACGCGCAUAUAUAUAAACGUACUGAAAACUAUCAAAAAGUUUUAUACCAAAGUCUAUUUGUGUAUUUCAAAGAUGCCAAAAACACUAUAACGUUAUAUUAUAUAUAAUAAAUAUAUAUACCACGAGGUAUAGGGUACGUAGGAUGUAAGAGCGUUAAGCGCACGCGGAGGAACGCUGAUUUCAUCGAGUAUUCGCUCCACGGACCAGCUGCGCGACCGAUCCGCGAUUGGCAAAUCCGCGAAAGCCUUAUAAGCGACGUCGAGAGAGGAAAGAAUGAGAAUCGAGAGUGUAUCGGAUUUCGGACCAUGCGAGCCUGGAAGGGAAAGAGGAGGAACAUUGCGAAAUUUCCUCUGGGAGUUUGACGCGACGUGAACGCAGCUAAUAACCAGCUUGCAGGUUUGAAUUAAAUUCCAGAAUGUGGAAUUUUCUGAUUACGUUCGUACGAGGCAAGGCCGGCAAGCUCGUGGAGCUUGCGCUCGAGGCCUAAAGUAAAUGAUAGACCGUGGUGCCGCACGUGUGAAUCGUACACGGUACACCGCAUCGAUACAAGGUAAUUAUAGUUAUAACACGAAGAGUGAGGAGAAAGGAGAGAGAAGAAUAGGCCAUUCAUAGUUGAGAGCGACGAAAAAAGAAAGAGAGAGAGAGAGAGAGAGAGAGAGAGAGAGAUAGAGAGAGAGAGAGAGAGAGAGAGAGAGAGAGAGAGAGAGAGAGAGAGUGAGAGAAACUAGUCAAUACAUAGCUUUACAUUGACAUAGCAGCCUUCUUCGGCGUAGGAUAAAUGCGAGGAUAGUGAGAAUCGGGAGGAGCGAUGCCGUUGACGACGACGUUGACGAGCCACGUGUGUGCCCUGCUCACGAUAUUUUAACGUCGUACUUAGAAAAAGAGCAACGGCGGGUGUGAUGCAAGUACGCGCGAUGACGAAUACGAAUGCAGAAAGCGGCAGCGAGCGCGGAAAUAAAUCUCAACCAUGAAUGGCCCUAGCGAGAAGCGGCAGAGGAUUGAGGAAGAGGAACCAGAGGAGAGACGGUAUCCUCACGGUAUCCUUGAAGAAGGACUAGGAGCCAACGAUCGUGCGGACUCGAUCGUGCGGUCUCGAGCUUGAAUUCCGUUCGCGGCUUUAGACAAUUAAGGACGAGACGAAUUUGUAUUAUAAAGUGGUGCUUUUCUUGUAUGGCGAGAGAAUGGAGAGAGUGAAAGAGAGGCGGAGUGAGAGGAUCAGCGAUGAUCGAGCGAGGAUGAGCGUGCAUGAGGUCGUCGAAUACCAAUAGCGAGACUAAACGUAUUUUUAACAUGUGGAUGUGUCCUAUCCAUAGCGUAAGCGUUCCUGAUCGUCGCCGAUCGGUGAUCUAUAUCGCAUUGUCGUGAGCGCAAGUGUGCGGGAAGAUAGUCGCUCGGGAUCGACGGUGGGUAUCCUCCGAUGACUCUCGAAGAUCGCGGAGGGAAAUGCGAGCCGGGCGUGCGAACCCUGUGUCUGCGUAUAAACCGGAAAGGGAGGAAUUUGCAAGAGGGAUAAACUCAUUAUCGGUAAAAAAAUAAUACGUAUACAAUAUCGCAUAUUUGUGCUUGCUGGAUAUGAACGUAACGGUUAACUAUGUUUCCUUACCGAAAAUACUAAGUAUGUGUAUCCAAAAUUACUGCCCGUCAAGUAACGAUCGUUUCGCCCGUGUAUAUGUGUAUGUGUGUGUGUGUAUGUAUGUAUGUGAAUGUGUGUGCGUGUGCGCCGAUCGCCCGCGCACAAAGACCCAUAUACGUGCAUCGAACCAUCCUUAGCAUCGGAAAUUCCUUUUAUUAUCAUCCUAUCAAUCCUUCUCCCAUUCCUCUCAUUCCCCUUCACCUUCCAAACUCCAUGAAGAUUCCAGAUCUGUCGAUUUGUUGCACGUAUUGUUUUUUCGCGUCUCUACGAACGUUCGUACUCGCCAUUGAUAUUUUGCAACGCGGCUUUAGAGACGGUGCCGUUUAUGGAUAGUUAGUGGCACAACGACAUUGCUGUCUGAAUAGAUGAAGAAUAAAAAAUGUUAUCUAUAUGCUGAGUGUAUAAAAAAAUAUAUAUAUAGAGAGAGAGAAAGAAAGAAUGAGAGAGAGAGAGAAUGAUUUAGGGAAGCUUCGUAAUGUAUUUCUAAUUCGAGCAAGUGUUUAGACCUAUAAUACCCAACAACGCAAAAUCGUGAAAGACUUCCGAGAGAUAGUCAAACGAUGUCUGAAAAAUUAGGCCGUCUUUACGACUUCUUUUACGAUGUCGUGUUGCCUGGGCAAUUUUAAACCGCGGUCCAAGACGAACUCCUCCUGUCGGAGGCACGCGCGCUCGCACGUGCCAACGAGGCCGCAAGGGUGAUCCUUUUUGUACAUUUCAAGUCCUCGUUCGCACGCGCGAAACGACAUGCGAAAACGGAAUUACUACACUAAAAUCGCGCCGUAAAUAUCUAUCCCCGCGCGUUGCUCAUCAUUGCGUUUCUCUGGCAGACGGCCGCGUGAACGGGCUCGAUCGUCGAGCCGCAUUCCUCCCUCGCUUAUCUAAGCGUAACCGACGUGCAAUUAUAUUUCACUUUGUUUUAACUUUACUCUUUAGGAAAGACUCAUAUAUGAAAAUAACCAAAAUCUCAUGGAAUCAUUAAUUAAUAUUAGUCAAUUUCGAGUAAUUUACUGUGACUGUUAAAUUCAAUUUCUUAGUAGCAAUCGCUUUAAAAUCGCGUUUAAAUUUAGUAAUAAAUACAACACCCUCGGCUAUAUUAAAUGACUCUAUCCAGUUAUUGCAACUGUAACAAUGAGACAGCUACCGUCUUUCAGCAAUGGUGCAGGUAAUUUCGCGAGAAUAAUAUUUGACGGUGAUUUCUGUUAAUCUUCCGAGAGCUUCUGCUUUCUCUAGAUAAGCGAAAUAGGAGUGCUUCGACAUUCGUGCAUAUCUAAACACUCAUCGUUUCCCUUUGGCCAACCAAUCCCCUCACACCUGCUCCUCCCACUGCCCUUCACACUGCCCUCUUGAUCUUUAACCGCAUUAUCCGCUGUUGGAUCCGGCAACAGUGCGUUCAAGAAAAAUCGACUAUUUUUUAAAUAUCACGUGUCAAAUUAAUGAGCGGGCCAGGUAGCCGCGAUAUACAUGUCGUACGGGCGGGGAGACCCCAAAAAGUCGACUCCAGGCCCGACCCCGUCUUACGCGAUUAUAAUAUUAGAAAAAAAAAUUCACUCUAACUUCCGUGAAGUUUCAUCUCUCGUUUUUGCGAACUCGUUCCAGAUUCGUUCGUUCCCCGUGACCGUCCGCGGGGGAUCGCGACAACUCCACGUACUUCUCUAAAUAAAUAAAUAAAUAAAAAGAAACGAAGUAGAACGCGCGAAGAAAUAAUGAUUAUGUGAAAUAAAUAAAUAAAUAUAAAUAUAUAUGAAUAUAUUGAGAAGAAAUAUAAAUAUAUAUAUAUAUGUACACAUGAGAGGAGCUAGAGUGGCCAAUUAUAGCAGUAACCGUCGAUCCACGAAUUUGCGGCGCGAUUGGUUCUCGAGCGCGACUCGCCACGCCGAAAAAAAAGGGAAGGGGGUAAAAAAAAGAAUUCGGAAACGUGAAACGGGAAGUUCAGGAUGCGAGAGAGCGAUAAAUGUAGAGCGAGAACGAAAGGGAAGAAAGAGAGCGUGAAAAUGAGAGAUAUAUAUUGAAGAUUAAGCGAGCGCGAAAAGCGAACGGAAGAGUCAGUCACGCUAAAGCUACUACGACCACUACCUUAGAUAGAUUAACGCUACUUUGCCGCUGAUCUAAUUGUUUACUGUCACGUGUUGCUGUAAACCUAAACCUAACGAUACGAUAUUAUAUAUAUUUUAUUUAUAUAACCUAAUCAACUGUAUUUAUUGUAAAUAGUCACGAUGUUUGCUAUGAUAUAAUAUAUCUGUAAUUGGAUGGGAACCUGCCUGAAACUGCGCCCAAAGCCCUCUGUCCUUCCCACAACCCUAUUCCCGCAGCUAUGGAAUCCGUAUACAUCCCAUACACGAAGUACAGGAUAUACAUUAUAUAAAGCGCAAACACACGGAUACAGCAUACACACGCACACACGCUAUACAUAAACGCGGUGUCGAACUGCCGCAGUCGUUUAGCGAUAAUUUAGACGAGAAGAUUAAUGGAGAGAAAAAGACAGGUGCAUCGCGCGCGUUAAAUUAUCACUACGUCAAUAUUUCGUAUCGCAUCGACAGGCAAUCGAUUUCACGUAAGACGCUCUAUAUUUUAUCGUAGGGAAAGGAAGGGAAAAAAAGGAAGAACUCAUCCCCCGCCAUUCGAUCAGAUACUCCCCUCCCUUUAUACCGUUUGAACCCUUCCGUAAACGAGAGCAUUACGAUGGUCACGAGCAAUUUUUAUAAAUGUAUUUUUUCGCCUCCCCUUUCUCCCCCGCGUGUUAAAAAACACAUCCUGAUUCGAUGAUCAUCGUAGAAGCGCCGGGGAAGUGAGUAAUUUUACGGACUUUUCCACUUGAACCACUGCCACGCGGCAGACGGCGAUCCAACCAGCAU